CGGACGCCAUUGCACUCGGCAUCACUGAAUGGACACGUUGAGGUGGUCAAGCUGCUCAUCGAGAAGGGUGCUAGCGUUACAGUCACAGAUGAGGACGGACAGACGCCAUUGCAUUCAGCAUCAUGGGAUGGAUACAUCGGGGCGGUCAAGCUGCUCAUCGAGAAGGGUGCUAGCGUCUCAGUCAUAGAUGAGGACGGAUUGACACCA